GCGCGCACUGGGAAGCACUGACAGCUCCCAUGCACAAUGGCGGGAAGUUUUGAGAGAUUCUUCAGCCCCGGGAAGGGUAAUGGUCUCCGAGCCACCAGAGACUGCGCUGUCAGCGAGCUGCUGACGUGCGCCGAGCCUUUCGUGUACACCACGUGCCGGGGACGGAACCGGGCAGCCUCCGUGUGUGACAACUGCCUGCGCAGGAGUGCAAAACUUCAGCGUUGCUCCCAGUGCAAGUUUGCCAGAUACUGCAAUUCACUCUGCCAGAAAAAAGCUUGGAAAGACCAUAAAAGAGAGUGUUUGUGCCUGAAGAGCAUCUCACCAAAUGUUCCUACUGACUCUGUCAGGCUUGUCGCUAAAAUUAUCUUUAAACUGCUUGAACAACCAGACUGCACAUCAGAAGAACUGUAUUCAAUAAAUGAUCUUCAGUCACAUUUCAAAGAUCUGAAUGAAGACAUGAAACAAGGCCUGGGGCAUCUCGCAGCAACAUUAGAGCAAUACCUAAAGAAAGAAAUCCCAGACUCUUCCAAGCUCCCACCUGGAUUCCAGACACUUGAGUAUUUCUGCAAACUGACCUGUAACAGCUUCACCAUCAGCGAUGGAGAGAUGCAGGACGUUGGUGUUGGCCUGUAUCCCAGCAUGUCUCUGUUAAAUCACAGUUGUGACCCAAACUGUGUGAUCGUCUUUGAAGGAACAUGCCUGCACCUCCGCACAGUGAAGGAAAUACCACAGGGGCAAGAGCUCACCAUAAGUUACAUUGAUGUGAAGAUGCCAUCACACAUGCGUCAGCUGCAGUGCCAGCGCCAAUACUGCUUUACCUGUGAUUGCGAUCGCUGCGUGUCAAAAGAUAAGGAUGAAGACAUGUUGGCAGGAGGUGAGGAGGCAUCAAGAGAAAUGGAACGUUCACUUACAACACUGGAAGAGAUGCGUUCCCAGAACAAUUUAAUGGAAGCGUUAACCCUAUGUAAGAAGCUGAUCAACUGCAGCCAAUUGCCAAAUAAGAAUAUCCAUCAGCUUAAGGCUCUUGACUUUGCUAUGGAUCUCUGCAUUAAUCUUGAAAUGUGGGAAGAGGCCUUGCAAUUUGCCUUACGAACUUUAGAGCCAUACAGCUUGUACUACUUAAAUUACCAUCCGGUACGGGCCGUCCAACUAAUGAAAGUGGGCAAGCUUCAGCUUCAUCUUGGCAUGUUUCCUGAAGCUAUGACAACACUUAAGCAGGCAUUUGAGAUCAUGAAAGUUACACAUGGAAGAGACCAUGGUUUGACGAAGGAUUUGAUGGAGCUAUUAGGAGAAUGUGAGAUGAGAAUGAAAGCAACAUAGAGAAAAAUUUGAUAUUUCAUCUUGUACAAUAUAGUAUUCUCUCUAUUGCUACGUUUAUUAGAUUACAUUACAUAUGUACUUUUAGGUUACGUAAAUUUACCAAAAUAUGAUCCAUGGCCAUCAAUAUUGUGUUAUAAAUAAAAGCACCACUAUACUUUACAACUUACUUUAUACUUAUUACUAGGACAGUUGAUGCUACAUGAAAAUCUGUGUGUAAUAUGCACCGUGUGCAUACGGCCUAAAGUCUUGUUUACACUUGCAAAUUAUCAUCAUGAUUUGCUCAUUUUUGGUCAACCAUAAUGAUGAUUCAUUUGGCGUGGCCUAGCUCACAUGGCGUGAGGCAGCAAAUGUGUAGAGCUCCUCCAGAAUCCUCACCAAAAUCCUGCUAUCACCC